AGCCCGGGCCAUAAGUGCAGGGGGCGGGACCGUUCAAGAAAACCCUAGGUAGGGCUGACUUGGUGCUCAGUCGUGCGAAGGCAAGGAGUCGAGAGGCAGUGUCCAUCGAAGGAGGAAGGAGCAGCUCGAAAUCAGCCUGUAGUGUUGCCCACAUAAAGGCCGACCACCACCGCCACAACCAUGCCCUUCAAGGCUCCCGAAAACCCCAAGUGCCCAAAGUGCGGCAAGUCCGUCUACCAUGCUGAGGCCCGGGUGGUGGGCGACGUCUCCUUCCACAAGGAGUGCUACAAAUGCAGUAUGUGCAACAAGAUGUUGGAUUCCACCAAUUCCAACAUGCACGAGAAUGUCCUUUACUGCAAAACCUGCCACGGCCGGAAGUUCGGACCCAAGGGAUACGGCUUCGGCGGAGGCGCUGCCGGCCUGAGCAUGGACACCGGAUCCCACUUGGACCGGAGAAGGGAGGAGGUCAAGGCAUACAAGCCCCCGAAGGCCGCUCCCGGCGAAGGAUGUCCAAGGUGCGGUGGCAAGGUGUUCGCUGCUGAAGAGAUGCUCGCUAAGGGCAAGAGUUACCAUCGGUCGUGCUUCAACUGUAAAGCAUGUAGGAAGCCUCUCGACUCCGUCGUACACUGCGACGGCCCUGAUAACAAUGUCUACUGUAAAGUGUGUUACGGCAAGGCCUUCGGACCCAAAGGCUAUGGCUUUGGCGCAGGCGCAGGUACUCUCACCUGUGGAGAGGAAACAGAUGCUCCCAUUGUUCGUCCUCAUGGCAACCCUGAUGCCAUCCUACCAACCCCAGAGGGAGAGAUUCCCUGUCCUCGCUGCGGUGGGCGUGUCUUCACUGCUGAGCUUAUGUUGGCUAAGGGCAGGCCUUACCAUAAGAAGUGCUUCAAGUGUAAGGUGUGUAAACGCCCUCUCGACUCCAUGGUGCAUUGUGACGGCCCCGACAACGAGGUCUACUGCAAGCUCUGCUACGCCAAGAAAUACGGCCCCAAGGGCUACGGCUUUGCCGCUGGUGGUGGCGGUGUCCUUGUGGCCGAAAAUAUUCCAGGCGGCGAGGACAUGCCUGGCGUGAAUCCUGCUUCGGCCACUCUCGACGUGACCAAGAUCAAGGCCGAAGACGGCAAGGGCUGCCCUCGGUGCGGAGGCAAAGUCUUCAUGGCUGAGGAGAUCAACGUCAGGCAGAGGUCAUUCCACAAGCGAUGCUACAACUGCUGCUUUUGCCAUCGUCCUUUGGACUCUGUCACCGGCUGUGACUCUCCUGACGGGGAGGUCUACUGCAAGCUCUGCUACGCCAAGAAAUACGGCCCCAAGGGUUACGGCUUCGCCGCUGGUGGCGGUGGCGUGCUCGUAGCUGAGAACAUCGGAGGUAGCAUCGACGACACUAGUAAGAUGGAGGCCAAGAAGGCCGACACCGGACGCCUCGACACGGCCAAGAUCCAGGCCGAGAAGGGCAAAGGCUGCCCCCGAUGCGGCGGCAAGGUCUUCAUGGCCGAGGAGAUGCACGCCAGAGGACGCAGCUACCACAAGCGCUGCUACAACUGCUGCCAUUGCCACCGUCCCCUCGACUCCAUGGUCGGAUGCGACGCUCCCGACGGCGAAAUCUACUGCAAGCUCUGCUACGCCAAGAAGUACGGUCCUAAAGGCUACGGCUUUGCUGCUGGUUGCGGCGGUGUUCUGGUCGCCGAAAAUAUUCCAGGUGGAAGAGAUGAUGUCGGUAGUGAAUCAAAGGCUCUCAUGGGUGCUAUUGAUACCACGAGCAUCCCAGCUGCUCCGGGUGAGGGUUGCCCAAGGUGCGGCGGAAAGGUCUUCACCGCUGAGGAGAAGCUCUCCAGGAACAAGAAAUGGCACAAGCGCUGCUACAGCUGUAGGGAGUGCUUCAGGCCCCUGGACUCCAUGGUCUUGUGCGAUGGCCCCGACGGCGACAUCUACUGCAAGCUCUGCUAUGCCAAAAAGUAUGGCCCCAAGGGCUACGGCUUCGCCGCUGGUGCUGGAGGUGUCCUUGUUCCCGAAAACUUUGCAGGAGAAGAUGACUUCGAUUACUUGGGUCUUGAAUCUGACGACGGAGUUCCUAAGCAGCGCCCUGCUAAGGCUGCCUUCACUGUGCUUGAUGUGACCAAAUUCCCUGCUAAGGAGGGUCAGUCUCGCUGCCCAAGAUGUGGCGGUGCUGUCUUCCAAGCAGAGGCUAUGCCCUGCAGAGGCAAGGAGUGGCACAAGCGCUGCUACAACUGCUGCGAGUGCCAUCGGCCAUUGGACUCCAUGCUCUCCUGCGAUGCUCCUGACGGCGAAAUCUACUGCAAGCUCUGCUAUGCCAAGCGCCACGGACCUAAGGGCUACGGCUAUGGACACAUGCCAGCUCUUGUCAGUCUUGGCACUGAAGAUGGUUGCCCCAUGCCAACUGACAUCAGGCAGUUCGGCUUCGGUGGCAAAGGUCCUCAGCCCCAGGUUCCCAGGCAAGCUCCUCCCCCAGGCCCCCCACACAUCAGGACCCCAGGAGGAAUGCCUACCCCACUCGUCGGAAGUUACCCACCUCAGCAGGUACAUUCUAUAAUCUCUCCUCCGAAGCCUAUGCCCAUUGACCAAGGCAUCCCGGUCCCCCGCGGCUUUGAAUCGUCUGCUACACACUGGGGUAUGGGCCCUAUCCAGGCUCACGGAGGAAGCAGCCAAACUGUAACUGUUCUUCAGUCAGCAGCUUCCUCCAGCAGUCAGUCUUCCUCUCACCAGGUAAAUGUUCAAGGGUCGUCCACUAGGCAGGUGUUUGUUCAAGGGUCCUCCUCUCAGGAAACGUCUUCUGUCCACCACACAGCAACAAAGGUUGUAACUCAGGUACAGGAAGUGCACGAACACAGCAGUAGCAGCAGCAGCAGCACUGUUGUUACGGCUAGUGUCGUGGGAGGAGAGUCCCAGGGACAAGUUACCAGAAUCAUCACAGGAGUUCACAUGGAUGGAGGCAGUCCCGUGCCCAUCGUUGCAGGUGUCUCCUCAGAAGAGGAGGAGGACUCAGAAUGAAGACCUCCUGCCUGAACCUGGGGAACCCUUGCACGACCAAUACCAGGAGGACGCCAGUGAGUUUCUUGAGCCUGAAGACGAGGGUUUUUCUCCAGGUCCUCAUCCAUCCGUGCUGCAUCAGGAGAUUCACGACGCCUCCGAUAUGUAGAGGACCGGCAUCACUAACCUACAAGACUUGCAGGGAGUCCCAGUGUCACGCAGACCUUCGAACAUCAGAGUUGUGCUGUUUCUCCAACUUUGAGGAAAUUUUAUCUAUUCUCUUUUUUCUUUUUGUCACAAUCCUUAUCAGAUAAUUCUCAUUUAGGAUGAUUCUAUUGGAGCACUCUCCUUUUAGUUGUACAGCUAAAGUGAUUACCUUACUUUUAAUUGGUGUGAAUAAAGAUUUAUAGUGAAUAUAAUUAUGAUGAUGAAACACGUAACGAUAAGAAAGCAUGUUAAUGUGUGCCACAAAUAUCAUGAACAAUUAUAUGAACUAUUCUAUACUAUAAUUGACAUAAAAUCACGUUGUUAAUACAUGUUAGCCCUCUGAUUUAUUUUCUUAUUCACUGCCUUAUUGCACGUUACCAAUGAGUAAACCGUCAGGUAGGCUAACAAGGUCACAAGCCAUCAGCAGAACUCAUUGGACGUAUGGUAGUUCUAAAUUCGAUUAUCUUUUAAUAAGUUCAGAAUUACGAGUUCUAUGACAGAUGCAUCUGUUUAUAACUAUCAAGCUUUUUUUUUAUGGAAUCAGUAUAUCCUUUGAACAUUCACUUUCAGGAUAAUUCAGCUUAGAGGAAACGACCUGCGGUCAGGCCUUCCAAAAUUAACAUUAUACAUCAUUCAAAAUAAAAUAACAAUCUUGGAGGGUUUUCGUUAAUCCGAACGAACGAACGAUGUCGUUAAGUCAAGGGGAACAAGAAGACAAUCAAGAAAAUGAGAACACUAAAGAGUGAUCUUCAAGUUCGGCUGACACAAAUGGCGCAUCGGCAGAUGACAUUCUAUCCUCUUGACCGAUUAUUUGCAGGUUCUUCGACUUUACUCGCUCCGAAUUAUUUUCUGAUUCGUAUUCUCAAAUUAGGAGAGCAAAUAUUUUAGGGUCUAGUAAAAAUAUACAGAUUUAAAUCAAUAUAAAUUUAAGUCUUAUUAACUUAACCUAUAUAAAUAAUGUUAAAAGGAUCAAUUAAAUUGUACUUAAAUUGGAAAUAUUUUAUGGACAAUAAAGAGGAGACAGAUCAAAGUAAACAAAUGGGUAGAACAAAUAAAUCUUCAAAUAAACGAACGGUUUAGUCGAGCAAAAAAUGUAGCCCAUAUGGAAUCGAUUUAAGAACCUUUCAAACGAAAGAUAUAUUUGUUCUGACGGACUUGAAAAUCACUUGAAAAUGUUAUACCAUGAUUGGUUUUAACGAAUCCAAGUCUCUGCCAACCAAAUUGCAGACUUGGUGCUUAUAUACUGCUGUUUGAAAUCGAUAAAUCUAGAAGAUGCAUGAUACUGAAUAUUCUAAUGAAGUGCUUUUAUGACAUUAGAUUAUCAUCAGGUAAUAUUGCAAAAUCGAGACACACCAAGAACAGCCUGAAAGGCAUAGUCUGUUGAAUGAUAUUUAUACUUCCGCGGCGGUAUUAAGUGUAUAUUGACUUAGUCAAAACGACAGAAUACUCUAUUUUACCAUGCGCAUUUUAAAAAGGAGAUAGAAAAUUCUGUUCGCUAGAGAUGAAAGGCAAAAUCAGCGGAAGUGGAAGACUUAAGCUUUAAAAAGGAACAAAAAUUACGCAGUGAAGGAUAAUCCCAUUGUAUCCUUCCUUUCCACAGAAUGCAGUAUAAUGGGGUAUUAAAAUGAAGAACGGAAAUCAGUUUCUGAUCAAUUCCAGAUAUUUAACAGAGCCAUCCAUUCAGUAGCUUAGCCGUUGAACGCAUGAGGAGUACGAAUGUUAGCUGAAACAUGGAAAGGCAAUGCAUGGAGUUGAUUGUUGUUUGUAUUAGUUAAAGCAGGCCGAAUUCAGACAUUUAUCUUGAACUAAGAAAAAAAAACCCAUGUGAAUGGCACGCAAACUCUGGAGUUAAUCGCAAAGAAAGAAGAUCAGACUACUAGUCUCCCAACUUAUUGUAGGAGAGAUGUCUGAAUAUGGCUCUCGACUUUAUCAUUCUUAGGGGUUACGUGACUAGAUGUAGGAGAACCUAUUUAAGGAGAAGGAGGCGUGUGGAUGUGAGUGCAAAAGAAACAGAGCUAAGGGAGUGUGGUUGAAUACGUGAGUAAAGAGAGCAAUUAGUAUUCAUUCUGAUAAGCUAUUCUUAAUUAAUAUUUCGAAGUCGAAAAUACAUAAGUUUUAAGAACGCCGAACGAACUGGUCCAAUGAGUAAUCUAUUUUCAAAUCAUUGCACGAUCGAAGAUUUGUAAAAAAGUCACCGACUUCGGCAAUGGUUCUGAUCCCUUUUAAACUCGUACUUAAGGGGACAAGCGUUUCUAAAAGGGGUCAGAGUCUACCAAGUCGCUCAUAGUGUUUAUUCCUUCUCUAAUUUUUUCUUUUGUAUACGUUAUUGUGCCUCGUACAAGAACCUCAGAUUUUUGGGCUCCCUUUUGGGCCUUGGAAAAUAGAGCGAGCGUUACUGGCUCUUGUAUGAUAGCAGCGAAGUCUGGUCUUCCCGGGGUAUGAGGUAAUCAGCCUCUCAGUUUACUGACCUAUUUUAAGUUGAAGAAAUUUGAAGCAUCAGCGCCAUAUUGCUGGCGUUUCUGCGCCCAUAUCUCUACUAGCAAAAAUCCCAGAUGUUAUCGUCGCAAAGGAAUGAUACCAAAAUGCAAACACCGGAGUACUGUUUAGAUUUUGACAUCAGGCCUUCGGAAGCUGAGAGUAAUUGACUUGAAAUACUCCUGUGGAUGACUAGACUUCUAGUUAAAGUAUAUGGCAUUUCUCCUUUCAUGAUUAUCACUAAUUUCAUAGCUACUACUUUUGCUUCUGUCAUUUUUUUUGUAUAACUUAUUAAGGUCAACUGGUUACUUGGCAUUAUAUAAUUUUUUGGUCAGCCUAGUCCAACGUUAUGUCGUGUUGUUUGUAUUUAGAUUUAGACUUUGUUGCAUAUCUCAAGCUGUUAGCAACGAAACAGGCUUUAUAUCUAUUAUCUCACUCUGUGCAUUUGUUUUCAUUAAAUAUUAAAUGUUUUCACACUCA